AAGUAAAAUAAUUUUUUAUUUAUUUAAUGAUUAUUCAAGGUCUUAUCAUAAUAUAAAUAAAAUUUUAUAUGCCCACAAUUUCCAAAAUUAUUUUUCUUUCAAAAACUUUCCAAAAUUAAUUCAAAACUAAAUAAAAAACCAAAUAACCAAAAAUCUAUUUUCAAACCAAAGUGACAUAUCUGUCACCAUAUCUAUAUCGCAUGGUUUUUCUUUUCCUUUGGCAAAUGUCAAAAUUUUCAUAGAAAUAGAAAAGUAUUUUUCGCCGUGUCGAUGCGUGUUCGACGUUCUUAGUUCUUAGAGCAGCCUUAUCGCCAUUUAUUUUCCACAAAGAAGAAAAAGAAAUAAAAAUUAAAUGAACAAAAUUUAAUUUCAAUUAAUCACAAUUCCUUUGUCAAUAUUUGCAUUUUUGUCUUAUUAAUCUCCCCAAUAUCCUCAAAAAAGAAACCACACGUGAUUCCCCUUAUCGACGAUAUACGAAACCAAACGAUUUUGAGAAAAGAAAAUCUAAAUAGAUUUUCUGUGUAUCGCUUUUAGCGAAUAAAAAGUAAUAAAAAAAACGCAAAAGUGGAUUCCGUAAAGGUUGAAGAUUUGAUGGACUCUGAUCCAGAUAUCGAGUUCAUCGAAAACGAGAAAGAUAGCGGAAUGUCUUCGCUGGGCGGAAGCAAAGAUGAAACUCCAGAAAGAAAAGCCGUAGUUAAUAAAACUACAAGUAAUUCAGAUGCCGAGAAUUAUGAAGAUGAACCCGAUGAAACAUUCGCUGAGCGACUGUGGGGCUUAACAGAAAUGUUCCCCGAGCCAGUGCGAAAAGUUGUUGGAGCCCUAACUGACACAACUGUGAGCGGCGUCAAAGGGUUCUAUGGUUUCUCGUGCAAUGCCACCUGGAUCAUUUUUAGUACAUCGGUGAUUUUAUUUGCGCCAGUAAUAUUUGAGACUGAACGCGCCACAAUGGAGGAAAUGCAAAAAUCACAGCAAAAGCAAGUUCUCUUAGGACCCGGUUCAGCAAUAGCAGCUGGUGGUGGCGGAGCCCUAAUGCCACCCAUGCAACGAUAAUAAUUUUAUUUUUAAAUUGAAAUUCGUUAUCACUCUUUUUUGUUCAUUUUUUUCUUUUUUUUAAAUUCGAUAUAUAUAUUAUACAUUAAUAAUUACAAAAAAUAUAAUAUAUAUGAUCAAAAUAUCAUAUAUAAACGGUCUCACGUAAAGCGAGAUAAUACAUUUAACGAAAUUGACUUUCAAUUAAAAACAAAAACCAAUUAAGGUCUGUUUGCGCUUAUACACUCGCUAGAACGCUUCAGAGGGUGUUCUUAAACUUUACCUUUUUUAUAAGAGCGCUCAGGACAGUUUUGAUUUUUUGUCUUAAGUAUGUCCUAGCGCAUUGUGUUGAGUGGCAAACAGAUUUAAAGUUUUGAUAAACAACUUAAAACAUUCACCUUAAAAACUAGGUUGAAACGUGUGUUUAAAUAUUUUUGUUGACUGAUGGUUUGAUUUUUACCUAGCAGAAGGAGCCAGUUUGAAUGGAAGAGAAAAAUCGGCAAUACUAAUUCGGCAUGGAGAGAGUUCUCAAUCAUGAAUGAUUUAAAGUCGCAAAAAUAUUUACACAACACGUUAAUCCAUUUAAAUUUAUUUUAAGCCUCGUAGAAACAAAUUAGAGUUGCAAAUUAGAAAAGAAGUAUGCAAAUGACGUGAAUAUGCAUUUCCCGAUUGUUGGUAAAAUAGAAUUAC